AUGUGGAAAUCCUCCCUGCCAUGGUUGGCUGUUCUCGUCUGCGCAGCUGUUAUUGUCGUUCAAAGGACAACAAUCGUAAGCCUACAGAAAAAAAUGAUGCACCGAAUGUGUCUAAGAAAGGGAUAUGCUGGAAGAAUGAUCACUCUGGAUAGUGAUAUGAGCGCCGAAUUGACAACGAAACCUACGAUUCCGCCCACACAUUUGGCGACGAUGACGACGAGGGCGAUAAAAAAGAAGACAGCAAUGCCUCGAUUCCGAACGGAGCGCAAAAGAUGCUCGAGUGACGUCACGCUGUCCAAUCCACUGUUGAUUGGUAUAAGACCGAACACAAUCGGUGCCGCUUUGAGAGAUGGCCACGCCUACUAUGUCACAGAAUUUGAUCUCGGCUACAGUAUCCUUGCAUUCCCGUCGGCGCGUUCCCUGAAUCACUCGGAGCCGAAGUCGAUAUUCACACUACCGUAUCCGUUCCAUGGCACCGACAAUACCGUAUACAACCGAACUGUUUACUACAGCUACGACAACGUUGUGAUCUCUUUCAAUAUGAAAACUGGAGACACGAAAGAAUUACGCUUGAAUGCUUCACAGACAUACAAGCUGAUGAGCACGGGACUUUGGGUACUGUAUCGGAGGAAAGGUGAGGAGUUCCUGACAGCCAGUCGUGUCCAACCGGCGAGUCUUAAAGCUAUACUUCCUAACCGCCUCUGUAAUGCCUUCAUCCGCUGUGGAUUACUGUAUACCGUGUCAUGUGACGUCGAUCAUGUGACAGUGUCCGCGGCUUACGAUUUCUAUGCACAUAUGUACGUCAGUACCAAACAGAGUGAAUGGAAAGGUAUGACCAGCCUUUCAAGCGUACAAUACGAUCCGAACUCGAAAAGCAUCACCAUUUCUGACAACGGCAAGAUCUACACGGUCAUUGCAGAA